GAUCGCCAACCAGCAGAGCAGAGCAGCAUGUGGAGGCUGAAGGUGGGGGAGGGGGGAAGCGCUCUGCUGCGGACGAGGAACAACUUCCUCGGCAGGGAGGUGUGGGAGUUCGACCCCGACGCGGGCACGCCGGAGGAGCGCGCCCAAGUGGAGAGGCUGCGCCGCGAGUUUACCGAGCAUCGCUUCCACAGGCCCAGGGAGUCCGACGACCUCCUCAUGCGCAUGCAGUAUGUGAAGCAAAAUGGUCCUGAAGCAAUUCUUCCAGUUACAAAGCUUAAAAACUAUGGAGAAGUCAUGGAAGACAUUAUUUUAGAUGCACUAAGACGAGUUCUUAUUACAUACUCCACUUUGCAAGCACAUGAUGGACAUUGGCCUGGCGGUUUCAGUGGGAUUCUUUUCAUCAUGCCUCUCAUGAUAUUUGCUUUAUAUGUCACCGGAUCACUCCAUAUGGUCAUAUCACCAGAGCAUAUACGUGAGAUAUGUCGUUACAUUUACAACAUCCAGAAUGAAGAUGGUGGGUGGAGCACACAUAUUUUGGGUCCAAGCUCCAUGUUUGGCUCUUGUGUAAACUAUGUAACAUUAAGGAUCCUUGGCGAGGAGCUUGAUGGCAAUGAGGCAUUAUACAAAGGGCGUGCAUGGAUUUUAUCUCAUGGUAGUGCAACUGCAUCACCACAAUGGGCAAAGAUAUGGCUCUCGGUAAUUGGAAUGUAUGAUUGGUCUGGGAAUAAUCCAGUUAUUCCAGAACUAUGGUCGGUUCCACACCUUCUUCCAAUUCAUCCAGGAAAAUUUUGGUGCUUUUGUCGGAUGGUUUAUAUGCCAAUGGCUUAUAUUUAUGGGAAAAAAUUUGUUGGCCCCAUUACUCCAACGAUACUAGCACUAAGAGAUGAGCUCUAUAAUAAACCAUACAGUGAGAUCAAUUGGAACAUGGCUCGUAGUUCGUGUGCCAAGGAAGACCUUGUCUACCCACCUUCACGGAUGCAAAAUAUUGUGUUGGCUUGUUUAAACAAAUUUGUGGAACCAAUGUUAAGUUGGUGGCCAUUUAACAAGCUACGAAAAAGUGCUUUGAGUAGCCUCAUGGAUCAUAUCCAUUAUGAAGAUGAAAAUAGCAACUAUGUCGGUUUAUGUCCUAUUAACAAGGUAUUAAAUAUGAUUUGUUGUUGGAUAGAGGACCCCAAUUCCUAUGCAUUCAAACGACAUCUUCCAAGAAUUCAUGAUUUCUUAUGGAUUUCAGAAGAUGGAAUGAAGGCAAAGGUGUAUGUUGGCUGCCAGAGCUGGGAGACAGCACUUAUAGCUCAAGCCUUUUGCUCAACCAAACUUGCCAAAGAAUUUGCUCCAGUUCUUCGAAAAGCCCAUGGGUUUCUAAAAGCAGCACAGGUUACUCAGAAUUUUCCUACUUACAACAGUUAUUACCGUGAAAGGUCAAAAGGAGCAUGGACUCUCUCAAAUGGAGAGAAUGGUUGGCCUAUCGCUGACACUACUGCGGAAGCGAUUAAGGCAUUACUAUUACUAUCAAAAUAUUCUCCAAGCCUUGUUGGAGACCCAAUUGAAGAACAAAGAUUCUACGACGCUGUUGAUUGCCUUCUUUCUUAUGUGAACAAAGAUGGAACGCUUUCUUCGGCAGAAUGUAAAAGAACGACUCCAUGGGUAGAGAUUCUGAAUCCUUCGGAGAGUUUUCGAAACAUCAUCGUUGACUACCCCUAUGUUGAAUGCACCUCAUCCUUAGUUCAAGCUCUAAUAUUGUUCAGAAACUCGUACCCUGAGUACCGUUGUGAAGAGAUAGAAGAAUGCAUCAAGAAAGGGACAUUAUUCAUCGAGAAACAACAACGAACCGAUGGCUCAUGGUAUGGUACUUGGGGUGUGUGCUUCACUUAUGCAUCCUUCUUUGCCACAAAAGGACUAGUUGCUGCUGGAAGAACAUACGAGAAUAGUGUUACCAUUAGGAAGGCAUGCAGCUUCUUGCUGGCAAAGCAGCUCAGUUCAGGUGGAUGGGGGGAGAACUAUCUUGGUUGCGAGACUGAGGAUUAUGUUGAUAGUGGGAGUCCUCACGUAGUGAAUAGUGCUUGGGCAAUGCUAGCUUUACUUUAUGCUGGACAAGUUGAAAGAGAUCCCACACCAAUGUAUCGUGCUGCAAAAGAAUUGAUAAACUUGCAAACUGAGAGAGGAGAAUUUCCCCAGCAAGAAACUGUUGGAAACUUCAAUUCGUCUCUUUAUUUCAACUAUAGCAACUACCGCAACUUGUUUCCUAUUUGGGCUCUUGGAGAGUUUCACCGCCGACUUGUGGGCAACAAGAACUGAAGCUGACUUGCAUACCUUCAUUGUUGUAAUAAUAAUAUGUACCAUAUUGUGGGAGUAUCAGAAUAAAGAUAUUGAUGCCGUGGAGAGGGAUGUGAACGGCUUUUUUGUUGUAAUAAUUAUAUCUACUAGUGUUAAAAAAUGAUAGCUACUGUAUUGUGGAGGGGAGGAUUUAGGGCAUGCAAGUGCGGGGGCAAGCACUUUGUGGGCCUUGAUCUGCGCUAAGAUUUACACAUAUGUUUGUGUAUAUGGUCUUUUGUGUUGUAUAAGACUUCGUAUAUGUCUGUAAUGUUAUGUAUAUCUAAUCGUACAUUUGUUUUUUCGCG